UCGAGAAAGUUGAAUAACCAUUCAACGUAAUUAACACCCUUCCUUCCGCUUCGUAUUCUUCUCUCAUCUCUGUGUGGUCAGCCAUGGCUUCUUUUCCUCAACCACGAUUCCAACAACAACCUGCACAACCACAACAAUCCAAAUUCUUCAGAGAAUUGUACGAAAACGUGGAAGGUCAGAGUUCAAAGCAAGCCACCUACUUCAACGCCCCAAAUUUUCCCGAUCAUCACCCUCCUUACGUUCCGCCUUAUCGAGUUGCAGGGUUACCACCGGGGCCGGUGCAGGAAGACAACGGGCUGGAUUUGCAGUGGAAUUCCGGGCUAAAGCCCAAGGAGAAGAGACCAAAAGCGCAAGACUUUCUGGAGAAUAGCACCAAUAAUGACAAUAAAAAUAAUACUUCCCAGAUAUCUUCGGUGGAUUUCUUGCAGUCAGUGUCAACCAGGCUGGGGCUGUCAUUGAAAAAUCCACGUCUUGCUUCUUCUGGUGAUUCGCCUCUGUUCAGGCUCAUCGGUGAUGAUCUUGAUCGCGAGUUACGAACACGGGAUAUUGAGAUUGAUAGAUACCUCAAAAUUCAGGGUGAUCGGCUGAGGCAAGAUCUUAUGGAGAAAGUUGAAUCAAAUCAACUACAGGUAAUCUCAUACUUUGAAGAGAAUGCCCUACAGAAACUUGGGGAGAAAGAUGCAGAAAUAGAUGACAUCAACAAGAAAAAUAUGGAUCUUGAAUUGCAAAUUGAACAACUUGUUUUGGAGGCCAAUGCUUGGCAACAGCGGGCCAAAUACAAUGAGAACAUGAUCAACACCCUCAAGUUUAGUCUACAGCAGGUUUAUGCACAAAGUAGAGAUAGUAAAGAAGGGAGUGGUGACAGUGAGGUCGUUGACACGGCCUCCUGCUGCAAUGGGCGUACCACUGACUUCCACCUGCUAUGUAAGAAUGUCGGUGAAAUGAAGGAGUUGAUGACCUGUAAGGUUUGCAGAGUCAAUGAAGUACGCAUGCUUUUAUUUCCUUGUAAGCAUCUGUGUGUAUGUAGAGAGUGCGAAAGUAAUAUUGCUCUCUGUCCCCUGUGUCACUCCUCUAAGCGUGUGGGCAUGGAGGUUUACAUGUGAUGGGAUAACUUGAAACCGAUGUAGUUUUUGUGUUACAUAUGUAAUUGAUUGUUUACCUGGUAGACCUGUUUUGAAUUUCUUUUGGGUUUUA